ACACAACUUCUGAGCUCGGGAGGGCGAGCAAUGCCACGCUGGGGUUCGAGAAGAUCUUGGUUCUGGCCCUGAAGGAGCGAUACGACAAGCGCGAUGCCAUGAUCUUGUCCAGCUCGCUGACCGGCUUCGACGUCGACUUUGUCGACGGCAUCAGGGGCGAAGACAUCGCGCCCAAGGCUCUGCCUCCGGGUAUGACGCUACAAGGCGGGGCUUUGGGUUCUUGGCGUACACACAUUGAUGCUAUCUCAAGUAUUGUAGAGAGGAAGCUCUCCUCCGCACUCAUCAUGGAAGAUGAUGUCGACUGGGAUAUCCGCCUCCCUUUGCAGAUGCCCGACUUCGCGCGAGGCGUCCGUACCCUCUCCAACAUCCCUCUCGCGGCCCCUCAACACUCUCCAUACGGCGACGAUUGGGAUGUCCUCUGGCCCGGCCACUGCGGCGAGGUUCUGCCCGAACACGAUGACCGCCGAUUUAUCAUCAGCGACGAUGUAACAGUAGCUCCAAAGGAACAUCAACCGUGGCUGCGUGCCUUGGCAGAUUAUCCCGAAGGCACGCGCCUGGUCCAGAAGGCCGGCGCGCCAAUCUGCUCGUUCGCAUACGCCGUGUCAUUCCGCGGAGCGCAAAAGCUCCUCUUAGCCCAGGCCAUAAGACCACAGGCGAACCUUGCGUGGGACAACUCUCUGGCCUACCUCUGCCGCGACGGAUAUCUAGAUAUCAAGUGCUAUUCCGUCCAGCCCACGCUCUUCUUCCAUCAUCGACCAGCAGGCAGCGUGAGCAAGGAUAGUGAUAUCAUGUCUGGGGACCCCGAGGCGGUUCGUGAGAAGGGCGUCACGGAGAACAUCGUCCUGAGUUCGAGGUUAAAUCUAGAGCCGAUGAUAAUGGGGAAUGGGGAGUUUGUCAUGCAGUGGUGAUAAGGUGGGUAGUCGAAUGAGCGUAAAGAAUAAUACUACAUUGUGCCAUGCG